UAUUAGAUAGAAACCUGGCAUGGGAGCCUCCAGUUGGGAACCCGCACCACUCAUGAGGGGUCCACAUUUGCCAGGAUCAUGAGGCAGCAGGCAAACAGGAGCAGCUGUAGAGAGGGGGGAUGUGUGCUGACUGUGACCCUUCCUCUCCUGAUACUGGCCAGUGUGUGCAGCAGGUCAGCCGUGGCGUCGAUAUUCUGGAAGCAGAUCUAUGAGGGCUCAAGUCAGGCCUGGCAGAAUGGACGCUGCGAUCCUGAAUUGGAAGUCUCCCAGCAGUCACAACACUGUAUUCUCUCACACCCGUUGUUGAAACCAGUCCUGCGGGAAUCCUUGAGGAUCGGCAUCGACUUGUGCAAGCUGAGAUUUCGGGGCAAGAGAUUCAACUGCUCUAUCAACCCAAGCACUCCGUUUCUGUUCGGAAAGGGCAUUUCAAAAGGAUCUCACCGCGAAAGCGCCUUCAUCCACGCUUUGAUUUCCGCCUCGGUUACCCACGGCGUGGCGCGUGCCUGCAGCGCUGGUCGCCUGGGCAGGCUAUGCACGUGCGCAGUCGGCGGGCUCAGCGUCAGCCGGGAUGAUCCCAGCGGCACGCAGGGACGCAGCAGUGCCGCUUUCGACUGGGCGUGGUCUAGAUGCGGCGACGACACCGAUUACGGCGUGCGGAUUGCAAAGGCGCUGGCCAGCAAACCCCGGGAAUCCUCGUCGCGAAGAAAGCGACUGCACCAUCACAACUACGUGGCCGGUUAUCAAGUGCCAGUGGAGAUGGAGCAAGUGAUAUGUUCCUGCUACGGACACAGUGGUUCUUGCACGCAGAAGUUCUGUCACGUGAAGCAGCAGCGAGCAAGAACAGUGUCCCUCAGGUUGAUGAAGCAGUACUCGAGGGCUACACUGGUCCAGGUCAGGAGAAGGUCCAGUGGUGGCUGGAGAUUAAAGGAAGUGGACGGCGGAAAGCCGUCUAAGAACUCACUCGUCUACAGCACCCCAUCGCCAGACUAUUGUCAGCCUGACGUAGCAUUGGGUUAUCCAGGCACUAAAGAUCGAGAGUGCACCAAUGACUCAUCGGAUGAUGAGGAGAGCUGUAGUAAGUUGUGCUGUGGUCGAGGCUUCAGUGCAAGAACAUACGUGAAGAUGGUGAACUGCCAUUGCACGAGAAGGAGAUUUCCCUGGCCAGUGCGGUGUCAGAGUUGCCGCGAAGAGGAACUAAGAUAUUUCUGCAAGUAGCUAGUGCACGCUGACAUGGUUGAUGAUACGUUGACAUAAUAUUCACAUUGUGAUGCGCGACGAGCGGUCUAUAUUCUUUAUCACUAAAAGUGCAUAGUCUAUGUUGAAAUCUAUUCGCUGAUCGCGGGCUGAUUGCCGUGCUGCGGCUAUUUGGCAUAUUUCCAGAGUUUUAUCCAGGGCUUGUAAUUCAUUGAGGUAUUUUCGGAUCAGUUUUUCCAUAGUUAGUAGCCCGCUUUGGUAAGAUACUUGAAACCAAUCUCAUUUUUUAUGACAUUAUUAUUAUGUUCCACUUCAUGGACAGCUAUUUAUUCUUGAUCAAAGACCCGAAUAUAUAUUGCCUAUGUCCAUCAGGAGAAUUAUUCUGAACGUGGUUUGCAUGGUGAUGUGAUUCUCAUUGUCAGUGCUAUGUAUUCAUAAUUGUUGCGACUGUAGUGUGCGUUCCGCGCAUCCCUUUCAAAUUUCUGAAGUAAGUUAUUGAAUCCUAGCUAAGAUCAA